AUGGUCUCUCACUGUUCGAUCUCACGUUUGGCGUCCUUUGCUGCCCCUGCUGCCGAUGCUGACAGCACUGUUCGCUCACAGUGGGCCACACGCGAUGCUCCUGCCCAUCUUGCUGUGCGUAGUCACCUGCCGUCCACUGAGCGCGCGCACUUUAGUCAGUACAAGAGUACUAAGACCUUGUACGACGCUGUAGUUGCACGCUACUCUUCCCCUACCACUGCUGCCCUUAGUCGCCUCAUGCUGCCGUACCUGUUCCCUGACCUCGCCGCCUUUCCCACAGUUGCUGACCUCAUUACGCACCUUCGCACUAGUGACACCCGCUACCGCGCUGCGCUUCCUGAUGAGUUCUGCGCCAAGAACCCUCCCCCCCCCAUGUACAUCACCCUCUACUACCUAGUCACCCGGCUCCCUGACUCCCUUCGCUCAGUCAGGGACCACUUCCUCUCAGUUUGCCCCACCACACUCACCGUUGACCUCCUCGAGGAGCGCCUCCUGGCAGCUGAGAAGAGUAUAGUCGCUGUAGGAGCCUCUCGUGGUGACCCUCGUACCCCCUUCUUUGAGGGGUGCUCCCCCUCCCCCCUUUUGCCCUCUGUUGCCUCUACUGCUGCGGUCGACCUCGUUGGCACCGGGUCGGUCGGCGCUGCGUCUGCCCCUAGCGGGAGACGCCGCAACGGCAGGGGCAAGGGGGGCAAGGGCGCUGGAGGGGCUGGCGGGGGCGGUGGAGGUGGCGGUGGAGGCGGCGGAGGGGGUGGGGGUGGCGGUGGGAUUGGUGGCGGGGGUGGGGGCUUCGGUGGCGGCGGUGGAGGCGGAGGCGGCGACGGCGGUGGCGGUGGGAGCGGAGGAGGCGGCGGUUGCGGCGGUGGCGGCGGCGGCGGUGGAGCUGGUCGGGGUGGCUCUGUGCAGUGGGGCGGCUUCGGUGGUGGGCAACGCCAGCAGCAUCAGCGCACUCGUGAGGCCCUGCCCCCCCAGCAGCUUCGUGAGUGGUACGCUGCGCGUCAGCAGGGUGGGGGUGCUGGUCCUUGUGCCUACGAACUACAUACCGGCGACCACACUGGGGUUGCUAUCUUUGAUCUUGAUUAUGAUGAUAUUCUUGCUGCCAUGUAUGUUGAGUCUACUAGUGAUGAGGGUGACUGUUACCUGUGUGUUCCGCCUGACCCGGGCAUUGAGGCUGUUGCUCUAGGUGCUGGUGAGGCUGCUGCUCUAGGUGCUGGUGAGGGUGCUGCUCUAGGUGCUAGUGCGUCUGCUCCUCUAGGUGCUGGUGAGUCUGCUCUCUCAGGUCUUUACCUCCCCUCGUUCUCUUCGAACUUGGUGAGUGGUGCUGAUCUACAAGAUGGGGGGGUUGACCAGUUCACUCCUGCGAGUCAGCGAGUGACCCACUGCACGUGUGCUCGGACGGGCCGACACUUGGCCACGUUUACCCGUCAGCCGGGGUCGAGCCUGUACACACUGACUACUGAGUCUCCUCGAGCUGCUCAGUCUGGUCAGGUAGCUGCGUCGGUUCAGGUGUUUGCUGCAGCGUCCAGGUCUGGUCCUGAGUCUGCCCCCUGGUCGUGUCGUCUCUAG